AUGGUGAGGGACCGCAUAGUGUUCGGCACAUCAUCUACUAAACUUCGUGCAAAAUUGAUAAAUGAAGGGGAGAAAUUGACACUCGAGAAAGCAAUUCAAAUGGGACAAAGUUUGGAAUACUCUCAGGAACAGUUGAAAACAAUGGCCAACCCUGAGGUACAUACAGUUUCAGCCAGUGAUAAUUCCCAUCGACACAAAAAGUAUCAUUACUCCCGACAGAAAUCACAACCUGUAAAACCCCACAACACAACAAAUAGAAGAUCAUCAAACAGUGAUGACAAAACACAUAGUCAGUGUAGAAACUGUGGUAGAUCACAUUCUAAGCGUGAACCGUGUCCUGCCAAAGGUAGAAAAUGUGACAAUUGUGGAAAGUGGAAUCAUUUCAAGAUUGUGUGUCGCUCAGUGAAAGUCAAUGAGGUUGUGACAGAUGAACGCUUUGAUUCAGGGGACUCAGACUUUCUCAUAGACUUAAUUGAUAGCGUGGAUACAUCUAGUGAUGUUGACAGUGUCCACUCCAAAACUGAGGAUACUAACCAGGCUUUUGUUACUGUGAAGGUAGGAAUUAAGGGCAUACCAGUGGAAUUCAAAUUAGAUACAGGGUCUCAGGUAAAUAUCAUACCAGCUGGAUUAUUCCCCAAAAUUGGCACUACAACUGUACUCAGUAAACCGCCCAAACAGUUGAUGGCGUAUGGCGGUACACAUCUUCAAACUCACGGUACAUGUAGCUUACCUUGUCAGAUUGAUGAUCGUGAAUUCACAGCUGAGUAUUACGUUGUAGAGACAGAAUCAAACCCUGUACUCAGUCUCAAAACAUGCCUUGAAUUGGAGCUUAUCCAACUUACCUGUGCGGUUGAUACUUGUGGAUCGAGUGAGAAAUCUGGAAAACCUCUUGAGAAGAGCACCAUUCUUGCAGAAUAUGCCGAUGUGUUUGAGGGCAUUGGGCUCUUUCCAGGUGAAUGUACGAUACACAUCGAUCCGAGUGCUAUCCCUGUAGUUCACCCACCACGAAAAGUUCCAGUCGCACUUCGUGAAAGACUCAAAGACGAACUUGAUCGGAUGGAAAAGUCAAACAUUAUCACAAAGGUUGAUGAACCAACUGAAUGGGUCAACUCUUUAGUAAUCGUUGAAAAGCCACACUCAAAGAAACUGCGCAUAUGCUUGGAUCCAUUGGACCUGAAUCGUGCUAUACAGCGUCCACACUACCCAAUGAAAACACUUGAAGACAUCCUUCCAAGCCUCUCUAAGGCUCGUUAUUUCACUAAACUCGAUGCUCGAUCUGGAUAUUGGGCCAUCAGACUGGCUGAGGAAUCUUCAUUUCUUACAACGUUCAACACCCCGUAUGGACGUUACAGAUUUUUUAGACUACCCUUUGGGAUACGUUCAGCACAAGAUGAAUUUCAGCGAAGGAUUGACGAGUGCUAUGAGGGACUAGAUGGCGUUGCAGCCAUAGUUGAUGACGUUCUGGUGUAUGGAAGUACUCCCGAGGAGCAUGAUCACAACCUGCGGAACAUGCUUUCCCGCUCCCGUGACAAAGGUAUUAAGCUUAACGAAGAGAAGCUUGAAGUUGGUGUCACAGAGAUCCAAUACUUUGGACACAUCUUGAGUGCUGAAGGCCUCAGACCGGACCCAGCUAAGGUCUCUGCUAUAUGCUCAAUGAAUCCACCACGUGACCGCUCUGAAUUGGAAACAAUUCUUGGAAUGGUUAAUUAUUUAGCCAAGUUUGCUCCUAAUCUGUCCGAGAUCACCAGCCCUCUGCGACAGCUCCUUCCCAAAGACGUUGAGUUUGUGUGGGAUCAUCCUCAGUCCACAGCGUUUCAGAGAAUCAAGGAUAUCAUCACACAGACACCUGGGCAAGUUCUUGCCUACUACGACCCAGACAAGGAUCUAACACUCCAAGUUGAUGCAUCCAAGUAUGGUCUUGGUGCCGCUCUCUUACAGGAUGGGAAGCCUGUCACUUAUGCAUCUAAGUCUUUGACCACCACAGAGGUCAAUUAUGCACAGAUCGAAAAGGAAAUGUUUGCUAUCCUGUUCGGCUGUAAGCGUUUCCACCAGUAUGUUUAUGGUCGGCAUGUGAAAGUCGAGUCCGAUCAUAAACCUCUCAUCUCUAUCAUGAAGAAGCCUCUUGCUGUCGCCCCUGCUCGGUUACAGCGUAUGAUGUUGCAGCUACAAAAGUAUGACCUCACAGUUGAACACAGACCUGGGAAGGAAAUAGUAGUAGCUGAUACACUUUCACGCAAGUCAGUGCCUGAUACCUACCCGCACCUUUCAGAAGGUAUGGACGCGCAUGUCCAUAUGAUAGUAUCAAAUGUUCCUGUCAGUGAGAAGAGGAUGGAGGAUAUUAGACGAGCCACAGAAACUGACCCUCAGUUCUCCUUGCUCCAACAAACUAUCAUAGAUGGUUGGCCUGAACAUAGGAAGCUAUGCCCAGGGACAAUACUUGAAUUCUGGAACUUCAGGGACCAACUUGCCUUCAUGGAUGGCAUCAUAUUCAAGGGCCAGAAAAUUGUCAUACCCAAGUCCCUGAGGACAAGUAUGCUUGACAAAAUUCACACUGGACACAUGGGAGUUGAAAAGUGUCUCCGACGUGCUCGUGACAUUUUGUUUUGGCCCAAAAUGUCGAAUGAUAUCACAAGUCUUGUACUCAACUGUUCUGUGUGCCUAGAGAGAAGAAACUCUAACCCCAAGGAACCCCUCAUAUCACAUGACAUUCCCAGUCGUCCUUGGCAGACCGUGGCCACAGAUCUCUUCUUAUGGGACACCCAUGAUUUUGUGGUCGUUGUCGACUAUUAUAGCAGGUACUUUGAAGUUUGCAAAUUACCCAGCACCAAAAGCACCACUGUUAUCAAUGCUCUCAAAGAUGUAUUUGCGAGACAUGGGAUACCGGAUAAGGUGAUAUCUGACAAUGGCCCCCAGUACUCCUCACAAGACUUUGCUCAGUUUGCAGAAAAAUGGGACUUUGUGCAUGAGACAUCAAGCCCUCGUUACCCACAGUCAAAUGGUCUUGCCGAGAAAACUGUCCAAACAAUCAAGCGCAUUUUUUCCAAGGCAAAGACAGAUGGCAGAGAUCCACACAUUGGUAUUCUAGAGUACCGUACUACCCCAAUGGAGGCAAAUCUAUCACCCUCUCAGCUACUCAUGGGUCGACGAUUACGAUCCACAUUACCUUGUACCCAACAUCAACUUUUGCCUGGAUCUGUUGAUCAUUCUCAGUACCAGAAAGUACUACAAGCAAGUCGGAGGAAACAAAAGCACUACUACGAUACUGCUGCCAAGCCCCUGUUGCCCCUUAAAACAGGAGAAGCAAUUCGUGUACGACAACACAAUAACUUGUGGACACCUGCAGUAGUCACAAAGCAGCACAAUUCCAGGUCUUACACUGUUCGCACUGGCGAUGGAGCGGAAUAUCGUCGCAACCGACGUCACCUACUAAAGACACGUGAAAAGCAUGACAUACCUGAAAUGAACAUUGAUGUCACAAGUAGUGAGUUACCACGUGUUCAACAGAGUGACAGAGCCGUUACCUGUACUCGUGAUACAGCUGAGGUCAAACCCUCUGAUGACCCUGUAACAUCACCGAUCCCAUCACGAAGACACAGUCCCCAGAAAGUUAUUGACAAUGCCAAUAAUCAAUAUAUCACUCGUUCGGGUCGGGUUGUCAAACCCAAGGUUAUUGCCUCAGUGUAG